CGGGAGCCCCUCAGGAGCCGCUCGGGGCCCGGAGCAGCCCCGGUGCCGCCGCCAUGUCGGACUCCGGGCAGAGCCCCGCCCCCGGCGCGCGGCGCCGCUGCUGGAACCGAGAGAAGGAACCGGAGGGAGGCGGAGAGAGGAGGGAGCUGGGGGAGGAGCCAGCGGGGACCCUACAGAAGACGCCAAUCAUCCUGGCCAAGCCCCCUGCAGAACGGCAGCAGCCGCCUCCGGCCGCUCCAAAGGCGGGGCCAGCACAAGCCCCGCCCCCUCCCGCGCCGGCCCCGCCCAUCGUGCUGAUGAAAGCGCGGGGGGAGGAGGGGCGGGGAGGGGGCGGAGCCUCGGCAGCACCAGGGGAGGGCCCACAGCAAGCCCCGCCCACCGAGAGGGAGGGGCCACGCCCCACCCAGCCUGUCUAUCAACUGCACAGCCGGGGAUUGGCCCCGCCCGCCGCGCUGGACCCUGCCCAGGCCCAGGCCCGGCUGGCGGCGCCCGAGAAGAUGAAAAGCAGCAUCAAACUGGUGGACGAGCAAAUGAACUGGUGCGACAGCGCCCUCGAGUUCCUGCUGGAGCAGACGGACGUGCUGGUGGUGGGGGCGCUGGGGCUGCAGGGCACCGGGAAAUCCACGGUGAUGUCGCUGCUGGCCGGGAACCAGCCCGAGGAGGACCCGCGCUCCUUCGUGUUCCGGCCGCAGCCGCCGGAGCUGCGCGAGAGGGGCGGGGCCCAGACCGGGGGCAUCGACCUGUUCAUCACCCAGGAGCGCGUGCUGUUCUUGGAUACACAGCCCAUCCUAAGCCCCGCCCACCUGGAUCACCUGAUCAACAACGACCGGAAGCUCCCGCCCGAGUUCGCGCUGCCCACGCCUACGUGGAGACGCAGUCGCUGCAGAUCGCCGCCUUCCUGUUCACCGUGUGCCACGUGGUGCUGCUGGUGCAGGAUUGGUUCACUGACCUGGGGCUCUACAGGUUCCUGCAGACGGCCGAGAUGGUGAAGCCGCCGACGCCGUCCCCGAGCCACGACUCGAGCGGGGCCGGGCCCGAGGAGCCCUCCGAGUAUUACCCGC